UUAUACAGGAUGUUGUUACAACAACACAUUUAUUUGUUUUAGUUUUCUGCGCUUUGUUGGCGGCUCUUAAAGACACACCGGUUUAGUGCUUUUUCCAGCAGAGAUCAUUGUGAGAGCACAGGUCGGGAGGAUGACUGCUCGUGUGUGUUGCUUGAUGAUUGUUUUAUUGUGUCUGUUCGGAUAUUUGAGUAUAACAGAUGCUGGAAAAACAACAGCAAAGCCAGGGAAGUGUCCACCCCAAUCAUCUGGAAAUAAAUCGUGUAGCAGUUCCUGUAAGAGUGACUCCAACUGUCCCAACAAUGAGAAGUGCUGCAGCAGUGUCUGUGGAAAUUACUGUACAGCUCCAUAUACAGUGAAACCAGGUCAAUGUCCCGACCCAAAGAACAUUCCACUGUCUGCUGAAAGCUGUGUCCAUGAUGGUCAGUGUCCUGCCAAACAGAAGUGUUGCCCAAGCACCAGUGGACGUGCAUGCAGUGAACCAAGCGGCCAGGGUCAAGGGAGUGGCCAGGGGAGUGGCCAGGGAAGCGGCUUUGGUCAGGGAAGUGGCUUCGGUCAGGGCCAGGGAAGCGGCUUCGGCCAGGGCCAAGGAAGCGGCUUCGGCCAGGGUAGUGGCUUCGGUCAUGGCCAGGGAAGCGGAUUCGGUCAAGGAAGCGGCUUCGGUCAGGGUAGUGGCUUUGGCCAGGGUCAGGGAAGCGUCCUCUUUGAACAUCACCGAUCGAUAGCGGGGGAAAUGCUUUCAACUUGUGCCAUCGAGACCCUUUUUGGAGUUUUGAUCACUUUUCAGGAGGAAGCAAUCACAUUGAUCGAUGAGGAGAGCGUCACCUUUCGUGACUCGACGGCGUGA